AUUAACGUAAACCCAUACCGUUUACCAAUUCUUACCCACAAUGCACUUGGAAUGACAGGAAGCGUUCAAUUUCAGUUGGCGCGCCGCUUGCUUCGAGCUAAGUCGCUAAGUUGGUUAAAAACUGCUACUUUUUUAACAUUAGUCGUCUAUAUGUAUAUUGUGGUGAGACUUUAGUCAUGAAAGUGGCAGCUCCCAAUUUAGCAAUAACGUUGACUCAAGCUGUUAAUAAGGACGAAUCGAACCGCGUAUGCAACCGAAUCUUCACUUUUGCACAAUGGAGAGAUGUAAUCGGCUUUCCCUGCUUGGAAAGAUAAUCAUAUUUAACUGUAAGCGAGCUUCCGCCACAAAUGACUGCGAAAGAAGCGAGUUAAUAUUCUCCAGCCUUGCAUUUGAACGGGAAAACAACACGUUCCUGAAGGCAGCUGAUGGAGCAGCUAUCAUCAGCAGGAAAAGAUACGCGCAUUUGGAUAUAGUGAAAUGUAAAUGUGCCAUACACGUUCAGAAGAGAGCCACCACAGCUUGUAUUUUAGUGACAAAGAAAAGUGAGAAAGGGGAAAGCUUCCAGUAUAGUCUUCUCACACUGAGCAGCUCGAACCGCCUGGAGCCCUGCAUUGAGUUUAAACUCCCUUAUCAAAUUAGGGAGAAUGUGUAUAUCCUACAUGGCCCAACUGUAUUGUGGAGCCAUGCUAGUAAUGUCUUCUAUGCAUCUCUGGAGGCAGGAGAGGUGAGACAGAUACCCAUCCAGGUGUCCCACAGUGUUAUUGGAGAACUUCCCCUCCACAAAGAACACGUAUUUGUCCUUGGGCUGCACAACCUUUCAGACCAGUGCUCUAAUACUCAGUCCGCAAGCCAAACCUUGGGCUAUUUUGUUGAGAGUGGACAGGCGUUUGACUGCACAAUGAUUUUGCCUCAUCCCUACAUUUGCAUCACACGGUGCAUCUUGGUGCUAUCAGCUGAAAAAGUGGAUGAUGUGCUGAAAUCUGCCGUGAUUGUAGCAACUUCAAAUCAGCAACUUGUUUAUUUUGUGAAUGGCACAGUGAAAGACGUAUGUCCGCUCCCGUUUGAAAAACCUGAAAAUAUUCAGGUGGUCCACACAGGUAGAAAUGGCUGUUUGUUUGUCAUAUCUUUUCACCAGGGCCAUGUAUGUGCUAUGUGGAAGGAGACAUUUCAGAUAGCCUCUCACUGGUCAGGUGUCAGUUCUGUCCAUGUGGACGACUUCCUGGGAUGUGGAACAGACCAAAUGCUGUUGGUUUUUAAGGAUCAAGGCAUAACAGGACAGCAUUUGGAUACAUUUCUCCUCACUGAUCUCUGUGGUAUUUCAUAUUCUCAUGGUCAGGACAGUGGAGCCCCAAAGACGCCACCUCCUUCACCGGAGAAUGAUCUCCUCACUCUUCGAGCUUUAGAGUCCAGACUACAGAGUGGCUUGACCGUGCUUCAGGAGCUUCAAAGAGAGGUGAGGGUGAAGGACAGAGUUCUACAGCAGUCGGUUCGAGCACUUACCGAUGUGGUCUCAGAAAGGGAAACAAUUCUCACCCAGCAUGAGCAGGAAGGCCUUAUUGCUCUGUGGGACUGUGAUGAUGAGACGAAGGACGAGGCCUUGAAUGACAAGACACAAGACUUGCCAGCAGUGUCUUCAAAACCUCAAGUUGACAAGCUGUGGCAUCGCAUCACUGAGGAGCGAAUGGUUGUGGGAGUGAUACUAACUACUGACAGCUCAGUACCAGUGGCCAGUGUGAGCUUAUCCAUCCUGACAGAGACGGGUCAGAGCUCAACGCCUGCAGUCAUCCAGACCCAGAGCCAAGUGUUCUGGCUCCCUGCGCCCUCCUCCUCAUCAUCCUCCUCCUCCUCUGCAUAUAUGUUCUCAGAGCCCGCAGCCAAAAGAAGCAAGCAGCACAAUGCCGGCAGACCCAAUAAUCUCAACACAUGCAGACUGGCUGUGACUGCUGUGACCAGGCUGACGCCUCUGUUGAACUCUGGCUUUGUCAAGUGCCGUGUCAUGCUCCAUUACGUCCAGAGACAAGAUGCUUUUGCCCUUGUGAGCAACCUAACACCGGUUGUCCUACAUUGUGGUCAAUUUGCUUUAGACAUCCAUAGUGAUUUCCAAACCCAACUGUUGAAAAACCCAGAUCUCAAAAAAGAUGAAGUUAAAGAGGACUUGCUGAGUCUGAUGGCGGUGCUGGAUUGCUGGGUCUUCCACAUAGACUCUCCUGAGCACAGCUUAGGUGAUGUAGAUAGCUGGAUUCAGAAAAGAGUGGGUUGUAAGAAGAUAGAAGUGAGCCCUCAGUAUCUGCUGUUGAAUUGUUCAGGACCAUCUGCUCUAAUGCUGCUGCACUGGCAUCAGAUAACCCCUUUCCAGGGUGAACUGUCUGUCCACUCCAGCCAGUUACAGACACUCCAGUUUCUGGACUCUCUCUUGGCUUACCUCCCUGCGUCCUGUUCCAUCCAGCUUGUCAGAGGUACAAAAGGACAGGAUGCAACUCAAAUAUUUUCUUUGGCACUGGAGAAAGAGAUGGUGUCACUCAUAGAGUGUGUGUCAUCGCUACUUUGUGGAGAAGAAGAAGAAGAAGAAGAAGAGGUGGAGAAGAGGAAGAGCCUUGGACACGAGGAGACCCCAGAGCCAGGUUCUGUGAAGGGGCUCCAGAGGUGUAGGGAGGCAUUUCAGCAGGACAUGGUGAGGAGUAGGAUGAAGUUGAGCCCCCUGCUGGAUCUAGGAAGGUAUCGUAGGCUAACCCAAAGCAUGUCCAAAAUCCAGCUCGAUGGGGAUUUGGCAGCUCUCUUAGACACUCAGAGAACUUUUCUCUGCUAAUAGGCUGUAGAUGUGGUUGUCCCUUUGCAAAGUCUGGACACGCAGUUAGUACUAACGAUGGGGAAGCCAACUCUUUAGUAGUGUAUUGUGUCAAGUGUAAUGACCAAAGACAGUUUAUCAUGUAUGUUCUUUACAUUUUACCUGUACUGAUAGCUGCCCCCUUUGCUGCCUUGGUUAUGUCUCUGCUGUACUGUGUCUGCUUUGUUAUUCUCUGGUAUUGUUGUACUAAUAUGUAUCGUCUGCUGCAGAGUCAGCCUAUUUCCACUGGAUCACCUCCUGGUUUACAAAGCCUUAAUCUGAUACUGAUGUUAUACUGCUCUCUGCUCAGGUUUUUCUUUUAGUUUGUGUCCCUACACCCUCUGUAUUCACAAAUUCUCUUUAAUGUCUGUUGUUGCUGCUGUGAGCUAUUCAGUAGGAGAGAGACCACUUUCAUCCUGGAGUGGGCAACUGUUUGUGUUAUAAAUAAAGGCAACAGCUGAUGGUUAGAGUAAGGGGGUUGUACAUCUGCUCAGUGGAUGGGUUUGACUGAAAGCUUUUAGUGGUACUUUUCCACUUAUGGUUCAGUUGUUUUCCUGUGAAACGAUGUAAAUAAAAGAAAUUGUCCUUG